CAAGGGAGGGCUGACCUUAGAAAAGAACAUGAUGGUUGGGAAAUUCCAAGGGAUAAUUUGCCCAACUACACUAAUUAGUUCCUUCAGCUGCUAAUUCUUCGAUGUUUACUGUUCAGAUAGCUCUUUCCACUUUUAUAAUAAAGCUACUAACUCCAUUCUUCUCUUCCUCUAAUUUAAAAAUUAGAUACCUAAUACCUCACCAACUCUAAUACAGUAUAGUGAUCAUAUCUAUUAGUCUACAUAUGAAACCUUUCAACUAAAAAAGAUUCUACAACCCAUUUAUUCUCAAAAAAAUGUGCAUAAAUUAUUACUUUACAGUUCACUGGAGAGAUUCAGACCAAUUGGACAUGUUGCUGUGUCCAUUAACCAAAGUGAAUAAUUUGUUGUUCUACCUAUUAGUGAUUUAGUUGUAGCUUCAUUAAUUGUACUCACCUAAUGCUUGAUAUGGAGAUUUUCUCAUAUAAUGUUAGGACUUAGGACUUGAUAUCGUAUUUGGGCUGUGAUUCUUCAAUAUUUCCCACUUGAUCUAUUUGAGUUUUGAAAUUGGAUUUAUCUCUUAUGUUAUAGUUAAUAUUUGACCCUUAUUCCAUUUUUCUAUCUUACAUUUAGAGGUUGUCAUCGGUUUUUUUGUGUAGUUACUAUGCAUCAGUACACCUUAAGAAGUUCUAAGUCUAAGCAACAGAUUUUUGCCAGAGUAUUUCAUCCGGAUGAGGUGUAUAUUGUUGUACCAAGAGAAUUCUUGAAUGAUUUUGAAGAAAGUCUCUCUAAAUAUGUUGAAUUAGUGGAUCCUGUAGGGAAUAAAUUCUGUGUUAGCUUUUAUUUUGAUCGUGAUGAACCAAGAUUUAGUGCUAAUAUUUCAGAGUUACGAACUGUGCACCAAAUACAGGGAAGUGUGAUAAUUUGUUUUAUUUAUCUUGGUGAUAGUAGAUUUGACAUCCAAAUUAGUGAUCUGAACUUGUUUGAGAUUGAGUAUAGGAAAAGAACUGCUCAUGUUGCAGCUAAUGUUGCAAGUUCAAGUCAUAUGAAUUUUCAUGAAGUAGAUGGUUCGGUUAUAAAUUUAAUUAGUGAUGAUGAUUCUGAGAAUGAAGUUGAAGAUAUUGUGAAUUAGGAGAUGUUAAUUUGGUCAGUUGAUCUCACUGCUGAUCUCAUUAUUCCCCGUCAUCAUCUGAUUAUUCCUGAUUAUAUUCAGGAAAAGGUUUUCAACGACAUGAGUCCAGAAAUCAAUGUACUUCUUCCAGAUGGUUCUUGGACUAGAUGAGAAAUCGUCUGGUACUCACUUAGUGAGGGGAUAAGUGAAUCUGGGAGUAUGGGUGCCAUUUUUGGGCGGUGGUAUGAGUUCUAUAAGGAAACAUUUUUCAGACUUGGAAAUUCCGUUGCAAGACACAAGAUGCAGCUAUGGAAAAUGGUUCUUCUCAAUUUUUACAGAGUUGCUGUUUUGACGGAGUAAUUUAACAUCAAAAGUUACAUCUUUUUGUUCUUUUUUUGUACUACAUAAUAUAACAUGAUGUGGUUGUAAACAUCACUUGAACGGUGCUACUUUAUUUGUUCACUGUGAAUGGUUGUUUAUUUUGUCUAUAA